AUGUCGACUAGCCGCUUGUUUACUCCUGUCAAAGUGGGGAAUGUCACCCUCCAAAAUCGCAUUGCGAUGGCACCGUUGACCCGGUUCCGAGCAGACGACAAUCACGUUCCGCUACCUUUUGUGGUCGAUUAUUACGCUCAGCGGGCGUCAGUUCCGGGCACGCUUCUCAUCACUGAAGCAACCUUUAUCGACCCAAAAAACGGUGGUUACCCUAACGUGCCUGGAAUCUACAACCAGGCCCAGAUUGAUGCCUGGCGUAAAGUUACCGACGCUGUCCAUAAGAAAGGUUCCUUUAUCUACCUCCAGCUUUGGGCCCUCGGAAGAGUAGCCAACCCAGAUUUCGCGAAAGUGGAGGGUAUUGAGAUUACCAGCUCCAGCGCCGUUCCUCUCGAUAAGGACCAUGCCACGCCGAGGGAGUUGACUAUCCCGGAAAUCAAGGAGACUGUCGGAAGAUAUGCGCGAGCUGCGAAGAAUGCGAUCGAAGCGGGCUUUGAUGGAGUCGAGAUCCACGGCGCCAACGGCUACCUCAUUGAUCAGUUCUUGCAAGACAAAGUCAACCAGCGGACAGACGAGUAUGGCGGCACUGUCGAAAACCGGUCCAGGUUCGCAUUCGAAGUCGCCCAGGCCGUCGUUGAAGCCGUCGGUGCUGAGCGCACUGGCAUGCGCCUCAGCCCCUUCUCCGAAUUCCAGGGCAUGAAGAUGAAAGAUCCCCUCCCGCAGUUCUCAGAUAUCAUCAAGAAACUGAACAGACUCGGUCUUGGCUACGUCCACCUGGUGGACUCCCGGGUCUCGGGCAUCAUAGAUCAAGAGAGAACGGAUCGUUUGGAUCCUCUUGUCGACCUUUUCGAUGGACCCGUUCUCAUCGCAGGAGGCCUCGAUCCGAAGUCGGCGAAGGAACUCGUAGAGGAGGAAUAUCCCAACAAGAAUGUCAUCGUCGUCUUUGGUCGCUAUUUCAUCAGCACACCGGAUCUCGUCUUCAGAUUGAGGGAAGGUAUCGAUUUCAACGAGUACAAUAGGGAUACCUUCUACAUUCCUAAGGCCGAGGAGGGUUAUGUGGACUACCCAUUCAGCAAACAGUUUUUGGCAAGCGCACAGGCAUAG